AUGCAGUUCUCCACCAUCAUCGCCACCAUCGCCGCCCUCUCCAUGGGUGUCUCUGCCUCUCCUUACAAGCCAGUUCCGGAGCCGGACGACACCAUCUACCUCAAGGGUGCCAUCUUCAGCGACCACAAGUGCACGAAGAGCACCAAGCUUGCCGACUGGAAGCUCCAGAAGGUCGAGGCCAACCGCUGCGAAAAGUACGAGGAGCACGAGAACAUUGGUGAUGAGUUCUGGACUGUUCGCUCCGUCACCAUCGAUGAACUGAAGCCCGGCUGCGUCCUCCGUGUUUACGACGAUGCCGGCUGCCACUUUGGUGGCAAGAAGAUCCAGCCCAAGACUUGUAUGGGCGACGACAAGUACUACCGCACCUACUACCUUGCUUGCAACGAACUUGCCUAA